CCAGAGGACUCAGCGCUGUCUCCAGCUCCUUCCACAUCUGCAGGCGCGGCCGGGACGCGCUCCGCCCUCUGCGCGCUCCGCUAGGCUCAGUUUGCUCCGCACACACCCGCGCUGCUUCCCGGGUCUCCUGCGGAACCAGGCUGCGGCCGCCCCAGGCGAUCCUGUGCACGCCCCGCUGUGGUUCGUGUCAGUCACACAGAGGAGAGCGACAAGGAGACGCACAAGGGACCCCAGGAGGAGGCUUCCAUCCAGUCAUUGCAGGAUGUUCUGGAAGCUCUCGCUGACCUUGCUCCUCGUGGCUGUGCUGGUAAAGGUUGCUGAAGCCAGGAAGAACCGGCCUGCGGGCGCCAUCCCUUCACCGUACAAGGAUGGCAGCAGCAACAACUCGGAGAGAUGGCAUCACCAGAUCAAGGAGGUGCUGGCCUCCAGCCAGGAGGCCCUCGUGGUCACUGAGCGCAAGUACCUUAAGAGUGACUGGUGCAAGACGCAGCCGCUGCGGCAGACCGUGAGCGAGGAGGGCUGCCGCAGCCGCACCAUCCUCAACCGCUUCUGCUAUGGCCAGUGCAACUCCUUCUACAUCCCGCGGCACGUGAAGAAGGAGGAGGACUCCUUCCAGUCCUGCGCCUUCUGCAAGCCCCAGCGCGUCACCUCCGUCAUCGUGGAGCUCGAAUGCCCCGGGCUCGACCCACCUUUCCGAAUCAAAAAAAUCCAGAAGGUGAAGCAUUGCCGGUGUAUGUCCGUGAACCUGAGUGACUCUGACAAGCAGUGAAGUCACCAGGGCAAGAUGCAGCUCCACCCUGAGAGCCCUUGCCCCUGGGUCGCGCCACCGCCACUUCUGUCGAGCUCACUCACACUAUGCCCGGUGUCCCCGUCAGCAGCAAAUGCAUCUCUUAGGGCUAACAGUGCCCUUGUCACAAAUGUGGACCGCAAGUCGAUAUGUUCCAGAUCCACCCCGGGCUAUUACUCGUGUCUCCAAAUCCAGGCUGUGGAUCGGGCACAGAAGAUGUUGGAAAACACUCUCAGAAACUAGACAGGACUUUUCAGGCGAUGCACUGUCAAUCGGGGAUUGACGUUUCCACCAUGUGGAAAAGCCAGCCUUUCUCUGGCCACAUCCUACACUGCAGCUCGACCCUCCCUUGGUGAAGAACGCACCCCUACUCUGUCGCAAACUUCCACUUCCGUUGGCCACCAGACCUCUGUGGUGUGGGCAUUCACUCUUCUGAGCUGGGAGCUUCCGGGCUCUGAGGUUGCUGUGUAGUCAGUAUGGGCAGCAUCCACAAGCUCACCCUCAAGGGGUCUCCAAACACACCUGAUACCCACAAGGACAAGGCAAGCUUAGUGGAUCAGGAAAUGACUUCUCUAGGAACUGUGCUCAGCAGGCCAGACCCUCUGCACCUCUAGACACCACCACCUCUUUUCUUGCUCUUUCUAGCCCCCACCUGUGGACUCAAGAUGAACUCUGGUGCACAUGCUCUUCCCUCUGCUAUUAGCCUGUCCCCACACAAAAGGUCUCUGUGUUAAUGUCAGUUCUAUAAUUGAUCCACUGUGUAAAAAGCUGUUAAAAGUAUUAUCGACCUAUUCCUGUAUCGACUCACACGGUUGGACUCUCGCUUUGCAGCACCAUUCUUGAAUAGACAGUAGCACAGGGAGUGAGCUGUAGAACAGGUAUUUUACUGAGAAAUACUGCCGGGUCAGCAAUUCACUGCCACACACCUUUUAUCAGAUUGAGCGGGGAGGAGGGACACGUCACCAUUUACAUACAUGAGUAUGACAUCACCGAGACACUAACGCAUUGCAGCAUAGUGUAGAAAGUGGGUUAGGACAGAUGGUGUAUCCAGGCGAGUCAUUGGGAAGUGGUAACGCUUGAGGCACACACGUGAAAUGAGACCUGGUACUGUCUUCACUGCCAUAACACUAAGCAGAAAAUCUUUUCUAUUAAAAUUCAUUUAAGGAUAUAUGGGAUUGAGACACUUUGUGGCACAGGCAGACAUAAAAAGUAAACAUAGAGGGUAGUAAUGUAGUUGAACUGUCGCUCAGAAAAUAGCUUCCUUUCCAAAGACUAGACUCCUAAGAAUACCAAGAAACCUUAGGUCACCCUUCGAAUUUGUGAUGAGUUGUGGAAGUCUCUGUAGUGUGGCCUUUGCUGAGAGGACAUUGAAAUAAUCUAUUUUCCUCUAACAUUACACUCACGUUCAAUCUCUUUGUGCAAUUGUCCCUGUGAAUGACGUGUAUGGAAUCUGACAAAUGUGAAGGAGAAGCCAUUGCUGGGGCUCAGAAUACGUCAACCUCCUUUGGUUGGCCAAUUCUCAGUGCAAGCUCUUGCCCAAGAGUGGGUUUCCUCAUGUGUGAGAGAGACCAUCCGUUAGCUGCUCUGAGAUUCAGGCUUCUGGACACUCAAUAAUGAUGCUGGCUCUCUAGUUGGCCACCCAGAGAAAAGGAUUGGGGCGAGUGGGGUAGGGUGUUUCAGGUACUCUCUUACCUGAGUCGGAAUGCAUGUUUUUGAAUUUAUUUACUUCUGGUUUUGAAGGGAAUGUUAACUUCAGAAAUGAGAGCGCAUAGCCUGAAAUCUGGAGAGAGAGAUGAGAAUGGAGAAAUUGUAGAGGGCUGGAACCCCUGGGAUGAAGGCAAAAAGAGAAGAGGGUGCCCAAGGUCAGAGCUGCAGUUUUCACUUUGAGUAGAAAACCUCAAGCUAGAGCCAGAGCAGAACAUACAGCAGGAAAGCUGUGAAGGAUGGAUGAUGAAGUAGAACAAGAAGGGAGAGAAGAAGAGUCUCAUACCCAGCUGCAAAGCCAGCCCAUAUCAUUUUAUUAACAGGACCCACACAAGUAGAGGAAGAGUUGAGCUAGCAACCCACAAAGUACACAUGUUAGCACUCUUUUUGAUCUUAGUCAUUGUUGUACCCAUGAGAGCAAUAUGACAUGCUGUGGUCUGAGGCUACUUCUGGGGUUAUUGUAUGUAUAAUGUUUACCUUCAAGUGGCUCAAAUUGUAUUUAAAUUUUGUCUUGUUUAUAAAUGAAGAAAAGCUAUAAGUAUAAUGUAAUUAUUUUAUAGGUAUACUAUUAAGUUAUAGAACCAGUAAAGGUACUCUGGGAUUAUAUGUGAUCCUGGUGUCAUGUGCCAUAAAAGCUGAAUUCUGCACUUGUGUCCUUGGGUAGCAAGGGAUCUUGGUGCACUCAGAAUGUUCCAGCCUCUGGGAGUUCACCACUGGCCCAUGUCACAAACUGGCCUUGGGGGUUUGGGAUCUUCUAGGAGAAUUGGAAAGAAGCAUUGAGCAAACAGAAUUGGUGGGGAUGGCUCUCAGUCCCAGUCUACAGGAGCACCUAGCCUCUUCCAAAUCACCCACCAGCUGAACACAGAAUGUACUCACAGUGCUCCUGGAAUGAGAAAUGAGGAAGCUUUGAGAGACUGAUGCAGCAGAAGUCCACUGUAAGUCUCGUCGUCUCUCUUGUAGCCAGUGCGCCACACUCGUGUCUUACAUAAGCCAGAAACUGUGCUGAGUUUUGCUUAAUUUUCCGUUGACUUUCCACAGAUUUCAACAUUUCUAAUUUAAACACGUCUCAGUUUCACAGUGUUGUCAUUUUCCUGCAAGUUGAAUUAUCUGCCAUUUAAGAAAUGCAAUGAUCAAUAAAACGUAAAAAUCUUA